GAGAAGCCUUAUCGAAGCCGACAUAUCCAAGGUUUUACUUUCCUCCUUCAAAAUUUCUAGGGAAGAGAUCAGUGCAGCCGCGGCAUCAAAACUCACAAUGGCGAGGAUAAAGGUUCACGAGUUAAGGAACAAGUCAAAGACGGAGCUGCUAAGCCAAUUGAAGGACUUGAAAGCAGAGCUCGCUCUCCUUCGCGUCGCUAAGGUCACCGGCGGUGCCCCCAACAAGCUUUCCAAGAUAAAAGUUGUGAGGUUAUCAAUCGCGCAGGUUUUGACGGUGAUUUCGCAGAAGCAGAAAUCGGCUCUCAGAGAAGCUUAUAAGAAGAAGAAGUUCCUCCCUUUGGAUCUCCGUCCCAAGAAGACUCGUGCCAUUCGUCGCCGCCUUACUAAACACCAGGCAUCUUUGAAGACGGAGCGGGAAAAGAAGAAAGAAAUGUAUUUCCCAGUAAGGAAAUAUGCCAUCAAAGUGUAGUCGAAUCUAGCUCAUUCCUCUUUUUCCUACUAUUUUUAUUUUGUUCAUGAUCAGAAGGUUGAGUUGUUGGUUUAGAUGCAGUAAUAUGAUCAUUUUUGCUUCUUUAUCACUGUUCCUGGAACAUCUGUUUGAGCACUUAUAAUGUGAUAUCUCAUUUCAGAAUGCGUUU